AUGCAAAUAUCAAUGACAGAAAAAAAUAAAGCUGUUGAGUUGAAAAGACGUCAUGAAGAAUAUAUCUUUGGACAAUGGGGUUUCUUAAUAUUAUAUAUCAUUUCAAAAGGUGGAAAAGUUGAGAUAUUAUAUCCAAAAAGAAAAAAGUAUAUAGAUAAAAGAAAUCAACUUGAUCUUAUUUAUGUUGAAGUUGAAGGACAUUGUUGGAAAAUUGAAGACUUUAUUCAAAGGAUUGAAAUGCGAAUUAAUGAACUUUGUAAAACAAAUAUGGUUUUUAAAAGAGAUAUAGCAAGAAUAAAAAGAAAAGAUUUGCAUGACGUCAUGAUGAAUAGUAUUAUUAAAUGGGCUUGUAAGAGAAGUGAAGAUGAUAGUAUUAAAAUUGUCUCUAAGAAUGGAAAAGCACAAUCUACAAGAAAAGAAAAAGAAAAUAAUCUUUAUAUUGAUAAAAUUGAAAUUAAUGGUAAUCAAUAUGAUAGAAAAUUUAUUAAAGAUUAUUAUGGUGAUUGGAUGCAGAAAGUAUUGAAAUAUCUUUUUGCUAAUAACAACAAGAAUAGUCAAAUUAUAAUAUCAUUAACAACAUUACCUCAAGAACUUCUUUAUUUUAAUAAUUUUGUAUUUGAUACCCCUGAAAAUAAUACUGUAUCUCUUAGUGAAGCUGUUAUGACUAAUAAAAUCAAUGAUGAAUUUGAAUACAUAGACCAUCAAUUUAGUGUACCUUAUCCAUAUCAAACUGAAGAAGAUACUUCCCAAAUGAUUAAAAAUGAUCCAGAACAAUUUAAUUUUGAGUUAAAUCAAUUUAAUUUAUUAGGUACUCAUCCUGAAGACUAUGCCCAAGAUUCUUUUAAUCAAAAAACUCUUUUUUAA